AUGGAGCCUGAGUCGCUCGCCACCCCAAAAAAAGAUGCCAUUCGGCUGAAGAUCCCCCCUCGAUUAUAUAUCGUUCCUGGCACUGCUUUCUUCGUUGGCUUAUCGAUCGGAUUCGUCCGGGGGGCACGUCAAACUGGAUUACGCUUUCUAGCAGAAAAUGCCCAUCGACCACCUCGGACAAUAAAGGGGUGGUAUUUUUACAAUAAAACAAAGAAUUACCGGAUGCUGUAUGGAGGAGGAAAGGGUGCCGUGAGAGAAGGCAGUAAAUUGGUCGGGAUAUCUCUGGGCUGGGUUGGGAUUGAAGAAGGGUUGCGGUGGGCGGGUUAUCCUUGGAGUGAAACGGCCGAAGUGGGGGCUGGUGUUGGAACUGCAGGAUUAUUUUGUGUGGUUUAUCGACUUGCAUGGAAGACUACUCGACAGACAAUGGUGCUAGGGCUGCUGAUUGGGAGCUGUAUGAAGGCCUUGAACGCUGGAAAGGAUUUGCUUAUUACUCAGUAG